AUGACAAGCUUCUCACUAACCCUCCUGGCUUCACUGUUUCCAGUGCUAUGCAUUUUCUUCAACGCAGUUUUAUUGACAGUUGCCAGGAUGAACCGAAAUUGCAAUACUUUCCCAUUAGCCUAUGUCGUGGUAAUGGGGAUCAAUGGUAUCAUCAUAUCGAUUUUUGUAUGGUUCCAUUGUGUCACUUUCUUGGUGCUCUCAGAGUCUUAUUACAGUGCUUAUCUUGUCUGGUUCGGGAAGGAAACCACACUCUUCGCCACUCUUUCCUACCUCAACUACCUGUUGGUUUGCGUUUUGAUGACAGUCAACCGCAUCUUUGCCGUCGCUUUCCCAUUCCGAGACAUCUUCACCAACUUCCGUAUCUACAUUCUCAGUGUGCUCAUUUGCAUUGUGACAUUCGUGUCAUUGGCCAUCCCAUACUUCAGCCCAUGCUACAUUGUGUUCAACACCAGGAAACUCUCCUUCGUGUCAGGUUGUGCUCCAGAUCGUCAUCCGAUCACACUGUUCCAAAAUCAGUACUUCUAUCUUCUCCCACUCAUUUGCAUGAUCAUCAACCUUGGAAUCAUUGCUCACGUAAAAUGGACCAGGAACAAAUGCACCGAAAAAAUUGAGAAGCUUAUUUUUGGAAGAACUGAUCCAACUCCAUCAAACGUUUCAACUGUUGUUCAGGAUAACACAAUGUCAAAAAUGCAAUUGAAGCGUGAACGCGAAAUGAUGAGACAGACUAUAAUCGUUGCAUUUUAUUUAUCGAUUUAUGAAUUUGGUGGACUGGCAGUAAAAUAUUUCCCGAAUUUCUUCGCUUCAUUCGAUCCUAUCUACCGGGAGCUAUAUUUCUACAUCCGGUUAGAGUCAAUCCCAGCAAUGAACAUAAUCAUUUACUACUUCCAAACUGGAAGCACUCGUCGGAUGAUUCAGAAAUUCUUGCGCUGGAAAAUCAAUGUGAUAGAGACUUCUGUAAAACACACGACCGUCGUUCCAGGGCCCAUCACUGCGACUCAUUCGAAAUCCAGAUCUCCAUCCCCAGUUGAAUGA